UCGACAGAGCCACCAUCUGCAGCAUCACCUAAAAGCAGCCAACCGAGGCUCCAUAGCCCAGCGACCACAAGCAUGUUACUUUUGCAGCCCAAUAGCUCCUUUAGUUCACUUUCGUCGUUCGACAACUUUUCAACGCAAGCCGUGGCAACGACAACAACCACGUCCACAGUAGCUGCCGUCGCGCCUGGUGCUGGACAUCAUCAUCACAAUCGCCAUCAGUAUCACAAUCAUCAGCAGCAAGCGCCACAGCAGCAGCAGCAGGCACAGCAGCAACAGCAGCAGCAGUUGCUCACGCAGCACCAGCACUUACCGCUGCCCACGUCAAGCCAGGUGACUUUGCUGUCCCAUGAGGAGGAUCAGUUGAUAAGCAACCUAGCCGAUGCGGCCGUCACGCAUAGCGAGCUGUUCUCGGACUUGUUUUUUCCAUCGGACUCGAACAAUUCGCUGCUCUCGCCAGUUCUUGAGAGAUCGGUCGCCAGCUAUCCAGACUCGCAGAUUGAUGUGCCCCCGUCCAGUGAGGCGCUGAUUGGCAGCAGCGAGGAUAUCACCAGCUCCAUUGAGAAUCUCACGAAGCUGACAUGCCUGCGCGAUAAGCGCUUGCCCUCAACGCAAGACCAGCCACCCUCUAACAGUAACGGCAGCGCAGGCUCCGAGCAGGAUCAUCACUCGAUUUGCCUGCUCAGCCUGCGGUCUAGCAGCGAUCCCGCUAUCGCACUUCACACUCACCAACAACAGCAACUGCAGCAACAGCAGCUCCAGGCCACCUAUCUGCAGCGACACGGCACCAGCGACCUCCUGAUCUCACCCAUUGGAGGACCACUCUCCUGCGGCAGUAGUUUACCCAGCUUCCAGGAAACCUACUCUCUCAAAUACAACAGCAGCAGCGCCAACAGUCCAAAACAGGCAUCCCCUUCAACUACUGCCACGCCAUCCGACCAGAUCUUGACUCUAAAAAUGGACGAAGACUGCUUUGCGGAUGUAAUGGCUGACCUAAAUACCGACCAUGCUUCAGGGCAAUCGCUGCACCAGCUACAAGCUCAGCCACCUCGGGCCAACAACGCCAACAACAGCAGUAGCAACAGCAGUGGAUACAACUACCAUGGUCACUUCAAUGCCAUCAAUGGCACUUCCCAUCCCUCACCCAGCUCAUCAGCAAGCUCGCUCUAUGAAUACAGCGGUGUGGCUCACAACGACAGUUUCUUUGGACAGCAGCAGCAGCAGCAACAGCAACAACAACAGCAAACCUAUCAACACAUGAAUUACAGCUCGCACAACGGCGAACGUUAUUCCCUGCCCACGUUUCCCACCAUUUCCGAGAUGGAGGCGGCCACCGCAGGAAGUAGCGCCGCUCCUGGAUCAGGCUUGAGCACAGGCUCUGCUGUGGUUGUCCCACCCAUGCGCCGAGCCUCGUUGCCCAUACAGCGCUCCGUUUCUCCCGCUUCUGCCGCGCACAGCCCCAAGGUGGCUAAGCUGGCGCUAGUUGGCUCUAGAAACACUCAUGCCAUCAAUGCGCUGCAGAUACAACUAAGCUCGGCACCCAACUCCACUGCAAACUCACCUGUGAGCGGGGGUGGUGCUGACUUUCUGCACAGCCAGGCAGGACGAUUGCUUCAGUCGACCAAUUCCUCGCAGUUGUGCGCCGUGUGCGGAGAUACGGCUGCCUGCCAACAUUACGGAGUUAGAACCUGCGAGGGCUGUAAAGGAUUCUUCAAGCGAACCGUGCAGAAGGGCUCCAAGUAUGUAUGCCUGGCGGAUAAAAGCUGCCCGGUCGACAAGCGAAGACGGAAUCGUUGCCAAUUCUGUCGCUUUCAAAAGUGUCUGGUGGUUGGCAUGGUGAAGGAAGUAGUGCGCACGGACUCACUGAAGGGCCGCCGUGGACGUCUACCCUCAAAGCCAAAGUCACCGCAGGAGUCUCCCCCAUCACCGCCCAUAUCGUUAAUAACUGCUCUGGUGCGGAGUCACGUGGACACAACACCAGAUCCCUCGUGCCUGGACUAUUCCCACUACGUGGAGCCGCAGGAUUCGUUGACUCCGCCAACUCUAGCGAAUCCCCUAGGGUUGAGCGAAGCCGAAAAGGUUCAGCAGUUCUACCAACUGCUGACCAGCUCGGUAGAUGUGAUCAGGCAAUUCGCUGAAAAGAUUCCCGGCUAUUUGGAGCUCACAUCCGAGGACCAAGAGCUUCUGUUCCAAUCCGCCUCGCUGGAGCUGUUUGUGCUACGACUAUCUUAUCGUGCUCGCAGUGACGAUACAAAGAUGAUCUUCUGUAAUGGCACUGUGCUACAUCGUACCCAGUGCCAGCGUUCUUUUGGCGACUGGUUAAAUGGUAUCAUGGAGUUCAGCCGCAGCCUGCACAAUCUGGAGAUUGACAUCUCUGCCUUCGCCUGCCUCUGCGCCCUCACGUUGAUAACAGAACGACACGGACUUCGGGAACCCAAAAAGGUGGAACAACUACAAAUGAAGAUAAUCGGCAGUCUACGUGACCAUGUUACCUACAACGCGGAGGCUCAAAAGAAGCAGCAUUACUUCAGUCGCCUGUUGGGCAAACUGCCCGAGUUACGCUCCUUGAGCGUACAGGGACUGCAGCGCAUAUUCUAUCUAAAAUUAGAAGAUCUGGUGCCAGCACCGGCACUUAUUGAGAACAUGUUCGUUACCACGUUGCCCUUUUAGGCGCCAUAACUUUGCUUCCUUUAUGUUUACAUAGCUCGUAAUACGGUAGAUUACGUAAAUAGAAUAUAGCAUUGAAUAUUUAACAAUCCAGCGUGUACAUAGCUCUAAGCGAUCUCAAUGAACGUGAGACUAGGAUGCUUGCAAUAAAAGAAAAAGAAAAGUGCUAGAAUGCUAGAUUGAAUG